AUGGCGAAGGCUAAGAGGAAAGGGCCUUCCGGGUCUGGAGAUACGGCAAAGACUGGGACGAACAAUUCAAUUGAGCAUUCUGAUUUUGCGGACUCCUUACCAGAUUUCUCCGGUGCAUCGCUUGCGGAUCUCACAAAAAGAAUCUCACAAAAAUUGCAAGAAAACCAGGGCGUUAAAUCCGGUUCGAAAAAAGGCUCUGGGACUACUUCGGCCAAGGUCAACCGCACGAAAAGCAACGACUCAGGCUCGAAAACUGAGCCUCCCGCAAAUAGCAAAAAGGGCAAGAAGCGGGAUCGCAGCGGGCAGAUAAUUGCUUCCCAGACACCCCGAUUAACUGAGCCCAAACGCGCAGAGGCCAAUGAUGCUUUGGAACAGGAAAUAUAUGCCGUGGGUGGCACGAAAGAGGACUACGAAUUGCUUGCCGGUAUCGAGUCGGGGUCAGAAAUGGAGGAUGGAAUGAUGGACUCCAAUGCAAAGGGAAUCGAUGCCGAAGCUCUUCGCCAAAAUAUUACAAAGUUAAUCAAGGGAGGAGAUAUACUACCGGACCCGUCUCCUAGAGCCUCAAAGCCUCUGGUAUCAAGGGCUGAUAGGGUUAAACAGCCGUCGAAUGCACCCGAUAAACAGCCGAAGAAGCAGGACAAGCAAGGGAAGCAAGAAACCGUGCAAAAUAAAAAGGAAGAGAAAAAUCAAAAGAAGGAACUGGACCAAACAAUGUCUCAUCAUAAAAAGACGGCCUUUUCUAAUUUGAUUUUUGAUCCACGCCCAGACUGGCACUUGAGCCCUCUCCCAGAAUUAACCAUCGAUGUGGAAAAGCGAUUCAAUAUUCCACGCCCUUUACUAGAUCGCGUUCGUGACUACGCAUCGUCUCUGUUGGAAACAGAGAACAAAUCUUAUACGGCAUCCCGCGCAGCUUCGUCGUCCUCAACUUACAAGUUCUACUCUACCAUCGUAUCAUCUGGUACUCUCAGCGACAAAAUAUCGGCCUUAAUUUUGGAGGUUCAGGAAUCUCCUUUACAUAAUACUAAAGCGCUUGAGCAAUUGGUGGCAUUGGCGAAAAAAAGAAGUCGUGCGCAGGCCGUCGAGGUUCUACGGUCAUUAAAAGAUUUGUUUGCCCAAGGAACAGUUCUUCCCAGUGAUCGAAGGCUGAAAUUCUUUGGCAAUCAGCCAGCGUUGGGUGCAGCAUUGUUGGGUUUCAGCAAUUGGAACCCCGGGGACCCUUUACCCCGAGGUUUAGAACGGAGUCAUCUCGUCUACUGGGCGUUUGAGGAUUUCCUCAAAGAGCAAUAUUUCGAGGUUUUGAAAAUUCUGGAGGUAUGGUGCAACGACGAGAUUGAAUUUUCAAGAUCAAGAGCAGUCAGCUAUGUCUACGAAUUACUCAAGGAGAAACCAGAGCAAGAGUCGAAUCUCUUGCGUUUGCUUGUGAACAAGCUUGGGGACCCAAGCAAAAAGAUCGCUUCUCGGGCUUCGUAUUUACUUCUUCAACUUCAACAAGCGCACCCUUUAAUGAAAGGAACAAUCAUUUCGGCAAUCGAGUCGGAAUUGCUUUUCCGGCCAGGUCAAAGUCAACAUGCCAAGUAUUAUGCUAUCAUUACACUGAACCAGACAGUCCUCAGCACCGGCGAAGAAAAAGCUGCCGAGAAGCUCCUGGAUAUAUAUUUCAGUUUAUUUGUUUCUAUUUUAAAACCUGGAAAGGUGUCCCAUGAUAAAGAAGCCGGAAAGUCUGUUAAACCUACCAAAAUCAAGGGAAAGAAACAUCGAGCUCUCUCCAAGGGCAAUAGUCAAGAGGAUGAAUUGAGUGAAAAACUUAUCUCAGCUGUUCUGACCGGAGUCAAUCGAGCCUAUCCUUUUAUUACCUCGAGCACUGAGCGACUCUCAAACCAUAUCAACACACUUUUCCGCAUCACCCAUUCUUCGAACUUUAACACCAGCAUUCAGGCCCUAAUGCUUAUCCACCAGUUAUCAUCCUCUCACAAGGUUUCCGCAGAUAGAUUUUACCGAACUUUAUACGAAUCAUUGUUAGACCCACGUAUCACAACCUCUUCUAAACAGGCGUUGUAUUUGAACCUGCUCUACAAAGCGUUAAAGGCGGAUUUGAAUACAAAGCGGGUCAAAGCGUUUGUUAAACGCCUGGUUCAAAUCCUCAGUCUACAUCAACCUCCCUUCAUCUGCGGUGUUUUCUAUUUGAUAGACGAGCUACGCACGACUUUCCCUGGCUUAACCACGCUGAUAACUCAACCUGAAUAUCACGAGGAUGAGGAAGAAGAAGUUUUCAGAGAUGUCCCGGAGGAAGGCGAAGAAGCGACAGAAACCAUCUCCCCUACCACUGACGCCGUCAAGGAAGUGCCUGGCUACGAUUCCCGAAAAAGGGAUCCCGAACAAAGCAAUGCGGAUAGAAGUUGUCUUUGGGAACUGCUCCCAUAUCUGUCGCAUUUUCACCCUUCAGUCUCGGUUGGUGCAACACAGCUCCUGCAGCAGCAAAAGAUGUCUGGAAAACCGGAUCUCACCAUCCACACGCUCUCUCACUUCUUGGAUCGAUUUGUGUAUCGCACCCCAAAAGCUUCGGCGGGCUUGCGCGGAUCUUCAAUUAUGCAACCACUCGCUGGUGGCGAUGUUAGCGGCCUCUUGAUUACAUCUGGCCAUACUACCAAAGCCCACGAGUCCGUCAACAACGAAACCUUCUGGACCAAAAAGACCGAGGACAUUGCGGCGGAAGAUGUCUUUUUCCACGCAUACUUCAAUCGCGUGGGCAAGGACAAAACUAAAAAGAAGCCGAAAAUGCCUGCGAAGGAUGAGCAUGAUUUGGGUGAUAGCGAUGCGGAGUCAGAGAUCUGGAAAGCUCUGGUUGAUUCACAGCCAGGACUUGAAGGCGAAGCAGAAAGCGAUGAUGAUUUUGAUUUGGAAGAUCUAGACUCUACAAUGGGCAACGAGGACGAAGACAUAGGAAGUGACUUGGCUGAUGAUGAAGUGAUCUUUAACGAUAACGAUGAAGACUUUGGAGAACAAGAGGAAGAAGAUGCCGCCGGCAAGAUCGGCAAAGACGAAUUUGAAAGCUUCGAUGAAGAAGCAGGGUUCGAUAUGGAUGUAUCUGAUGCCGAGGCUUUUGUUGACAGUGACGAAGAUAUUCCGUCUGACUUCGACAUGGAUAUUGAUGCAGAGGAAGGCGAAAAGACUGUCGAGAAACGACCUUCGCGGAAAGAGAAGAGGCGCAAGCUCAAACAUCUACCUACUUUUGCAUCUGUCGAUGACUACGCCGCUCUGUUGGGCCAGGAGUCUGAUGGAGGUAUUUGA